UUAGAUCGUCGCCCGAGUGGAACGUUACAGCCCAUCGAACCUCCUCUACCAAAUGCACCGUGGGAAGCCAAAGGAACGAUUUUUACUCCUUUGGAACAGCAUCGUUUUUAGCUUUUUCUACACUAGGAUAUGACUUUCUACCUUCCCCUUUCUUUUUCCUUUUGCUUUUGUAGUUUAUACCGCUCUUUCUCUAAAAAGGCUCCAUUUUCCUGCUCUCUCAUCAGCUCUCUCUCAUAUAUCACCGGCGGUAAUUAAACUUCAAACCUUUCCUCUCCAACCGACAGCAACCAAUUCCUUUUUUCUCUUCACAGAUGGAUGACUCUAACCCAAGCCUUUGCUCUUUAACCAAAGGCAAAUAACCCUUUUUUUUUCUCUUUAUUCGGUGACAAGUAACCAAAGUUCACUUUCCCUUUUUAAUCUAUCCAAACGCCCUCCAAAAACAAAACCUCCAAAUCUCCACACACUGUGAGAGAAAAAAAAAAAGAAAACCCAUUUUCCCUUUCCCCGGAUUUCUUCCUAUUUUUGGUAACUUUUCAUCAUUUUUUUUUUGCUCUUUUUUGCUUUGUGGAUGUUGGCUACUAGUUGCUAGGUUUUUUCAGAAUUUUUCUCUAAAAGUUUUUGCUACUGCUACAAUGGGGUUUUUAUACCCAUUUUCAGUCCUAGGGGUGUAGCGUGACUACCUUUGCCAGAUGCAAUUUUUCUGUGUCUGGCAAGGUGCUCUUGUGCUUGGCAGGGUGUGGACGCACCCUGCCACAUGUCAGCUAGCCUUUUUUUUCUCUUUUAUUUUAUUUUAUUAUUACCCUCAGUCUCUAGAACAUUAUAAUGCUUAAUUAAUAGAUAAAAUAAUAAAUAAUAUCAAUAAUGAAAAAAAGUUUAAUGUCUACAAUACUUAUAUGCGUAUUAAUAGUUUUGACUUAAAUGUUUUGAGCAUGCUUAAUUUGGCUGAUGAGAUAUCAAUUACUUGCUAAAUGAUUGUAGUCAUUCCAUUAAUUCUCAUCAGUUUACAAAUUUCAACAUCUUUGCAUGUUUAGGAGUUAGACUUGCUUGGCAAGAGUUUUGGUUAGCAAGAUUAGCAUAUGCCCUUAGAUGAAUAUAAAUUUAAUUGGAAUAUUCAAGUUUUAGCUUUGUUAAGUAUAUGUUAGCUAGAUGAGAAAUUUGUAUCUUUGGGAGAAUUAUAUUUUAAUAUUAUAUUUGGAGACUUGAGAUUUUAUAAAGUGUAAAUUUUGAAGAGAGUUUGAAAAUAGUAUAUUUGUUUGGCAUGAUAUUUGUUGCCUUACAAGUUUAUAGGAUUUGUUUCAUAAGUACGAGAUGUCUGUUAAGUCCUAAAACCUUGGUUUGGGGCGUGACAAAUUAGCUUGAAGUUUAACGCAAAAAAAGAAAGUAACAUGGGAAUCACAUGAAUCUAGUGAUUUUUUUUUCUCUUCUGCAACGGAAGACAACACAACAGAUAACAAAUCUACUUUUGACAAAAAAAUUUAGCAAAUACUAGUAUUAAAUGCAAAGAGCUUAAGAUUCAAUUAAUUAGAAUAAGGAAAGAGAGAGAAAUAUGUGGAGUUUGUUAUGGGCAUGGCGAAGUUGUUGGCUUCAUUCUCCUGGUGGGAGACAGCCAUAUAGGAUUGAUGUAUUGGUGUAGUAAUUAAUAUCAACCAAAAACAAUACUAAAAGUAUUUCUAUCUAGGUAGAACACUAGAAAGGAAUAGAAUUAAAGCCAAGAAAAAAUGGAUAAUACAAAAGAGUUCGAAAGGGUGGUAUAUGAUCAUGAAUACUAUGAGAGUAAACAAGGUGAUCGGUCAGCAGAAUUCUCAGAUAAUAAGGCAAUUGGGACAAUGAAAAAGCCAUUGCUUUUCCAAAACAAGAUUAAUAGCACCUUUCAGAUUGCCAUUGUUGGUGCAAAUGCCUGCCCCAUUCAGAGCUUUGAUUAUGAGGUCAUAGAGAAUAAUCUUUUUAAGCAGGAUUGGAGGUUUGGAGCUAAGGUUGAAAUAUUCGAGUAUGUCGUUCUUAAGUGGACUUUAGAAUUCCUGAUUGUAUUGGGAAUAGGGCUUGUUGCCUUUUGCAAUAACCUUGUAGUUGAUAACAUAGUUAGUUUCAAAAUUUUGCUCACCAACAAUCUCAUGAUGAAAGAGAAGUAAGUUUAACCAUCACUUUAUAAAACUAUCUUGUUUUCCUAGCCUUAUCACAUUAUUUCUCAUUUAAUUUAAUUGUCUUUAUUAUCA